GGCGGGGCAGAAGCCCCGGGCCCCAGCGCGCACAAACGGGAAGUCCCCCCCACCUCUGGGCUCCACCCCCUGAAGGACCCCCGUGUGGCCCCAGCAGAGAGCCCGCAGCCAGAGGGAAUGGCGCCCGGGACCCCGAGGCCCCCCUCCCAGGAAAGGGUCUGUGUAAGCCUGACAAAGCCCAAAGAAGGUCCAAGAUCCAAAAGGAUCCAGGCCUGGUCUCACAAUCAGAUGCCAGAUGGCUCAGGAUCACCAGGAACUCAGCAGAUAUCAACCAGCCAGCAGGGAAGCAGGAUAACAGCAGCAGGAGCACAAGCAGGAAGUCCCCCCACCUCCGGGCUCCACCCCCUGAAGGACCCCCCUGUGGCCCCAGCAGAGAGCCCACAGCCAGAGGGAAUGGCCCCCGGGACCCCGAGGCCCCCCUCCCAGGGGUCAGUAACCCUCAAAGAUGUGGCCGUGUACUUCACCCAGGAGGAGUGGCCCUUAUUGGACCAUUCUCAGAAAGAGCUGUACCUGGAGGUCAUGCUGGAGAAUGUGCAGAAUCUACUCUCUGUGGGUAAGGACCAUUUCUUCUGUUAUCCCUGA